UGAAGGGGAGACCUAAUCUUGUUGAUGGGGCUUUUCUCUUGAUCAAGGCUUUUUCACUGUUGGAGGUUUUUCCCUGGAGUGUGGUGUUACUUUGCCUGGGGCCUUUUUGCAUUUUCGGCUUUUGCAUCCUUCCUGCUUGGUUCUUGAACUUGCACUUUUGUUUUGCUCCAAAUGGCUCCUGCUCUCCCGUCCAUCUUUGUGCCUCCACCUUUGAACCGUUUCCCAUGUGGAAGGAAGAACCUGCGGUCCAUGUAUCUCUGAGCAGCUAUGAAAAGGCUUCCUGAAAAACACAAAACAACAACAAACACCCCAUGUGUCCCAACUCACACGAUCUUACCCACCAGAGAGAGGAGCACAUCCUGGCAGAUACCAACAUUCUGCGGGUGGACGCACGUCUGGCACAGUCAUUGAGCUCACUUGCUGUCCAGAGGAAGCCAUGCAGGCUGAAGACGGAUACAUGACCUUAAAUAUUAAAACUCAGAAACCAGCAGUGACCUCAGAUGACCCGACAGCCUCUUCUUGGUGGCGUGUGAUGGCGUUGACUUUGCUGACCUUGUGCAUGGGGAUGGUUGUUGGGCUGGUGGCUCUGGGGAUUAUGUCUGUCACACAGCAAAAUUACCUGCAAGCUGAGAAGGAAAAGCUCUCGGGAACUCUGCAACGAUUGGCGAGGCACUUCUGCCAAGAUUUACUCAAACAGGCAGAAAAAAAAGGAAGUGUCAACCACAAAUGCAAUCCCUGUGAUCCAAACUGGAGGUAUUAUGGAGAUAGCUGCUAUGGAUUCUUCAAGCACAACUUGACGUGGCAAGAGGGUAAGCAGUAUUGCUCCGACGUGAAUGCUACUCUUCUGAAGAUUACCAGCCGGAACAUUCUGGCAGGUGUCUCAGACAUGCACGAGGAAGAAAUAUACACCUCUCUUCAGUGGGAUAAUCCACCACCAAACUCUUCCCAGAAAUGUGCGUGUUCCCACACCUGUUCAGGAGCAUGGCGUGUCGUGAUGGUGAUUUUGUGUAUUUCCUGCAUGGGAUUAUUGGCAACAUCCAUUUUUUUUGGCAUCAAAUGGUUCCAGGUGUCCAUCAUGGCAAUGGAGCAGCAAGAGAAACUGAGCCAACAGGACAGAGCACUGUUAAACCUCACCCGGUGGAAGAGUAACCCUCUGCUUCAGAGGCAGCACUGCCAGGCUCUCAUACAAAACUGUCUCAAUUCAGUCGAGAAAUGCAGUGCUUGUCCAGAAAAUUGGAUUAAGAAUGGAGAAAGUUGCUACUAUGUCUUUACAAAUUGGAAAACUUGGCUUGCCAGUCAAGAAUAUUGUUGGAAGACAGGUUCCAGUCUUCUACAUAUAGACAACAAAGAAGAAAUGGAUUUUAUCACCAGCAAGAUUGAAAGGAGCAUGGGUUAUUGGGUAGGGCUCUCCCAGGAUGAAGUCCGCAGAACUUGGCUUUGGGAAGAUGGCUCCCCUCCUUCCUCUGAUCUGUUGCCAAGACACCAGCCCCAGUCAACUAACCAGGUCUGUGGAUACCUCAAAAGCAAUUCCCUGUUUUCAAGCAACUGCAGCAGCUGGAAAUAUUUGAUCUGUGAGAGACGAGCAUAGGAUCCUCCAUCUGAAAGAAACAGGGCUUAAAGUGAUCUUGAUACACUUGUAUAUUGAACGCCAUGGAAAAACCUGUUCAGAAAGCCCAACAGCAAACAGCAGUAACCUGACGUGCAGGCUGUGAAAUCAGCUACCUAUGACCCAACACUUGGUUUUGUAUUUACAUUUGGUGAUGUUCCUCAGUCCCUUCCAGAUUUCAUUUGAUGUUGUUCAAAUUGCCAAGAAUAAAGCUGAUGUAGAGCUAUGGAGGGUAAAACCCUGUAGCACUGAGAACAAAUGGAGGAAAUCCUUCCUGUUUCAUAGAGUCUAAGUGGCUGUCGAGUCCACCUAGAAAUCCAUAAGUGACUUGAGGAGUUGAUGCAGUGAUAGCUGAUUGGUAUUUUUUAAAUAACCAAAUAAACUUGAUCUUUUAAGUGCACAGUCUGCCAGAUCUUUCUAUACAUUUUCUGAGCUCCCAGGCACUAUAUUA